AUGGCCGCCUGGGACCUCCAUCAUCGUGGCGCGGACUCGCUGCCUCAAGCCUUGGGUCGACAGUUUCGCUACGUUGACGAGGUCGAUAUUGGCAACUUGUUCAUCCAGUCCAACAUACUCGACAUGAAACCAGACACAGAUGCCAUGUUGUCGCCCGUCCGAGAAGAAAAGGCUGGCAUUGCUUGGGAUGCACCACUUGCCAUACAUGUCCACAUCGACUUUCACGACCCAGCCGUCAAAUCCGUCUACAACAGAACCUAUUACAGCUCGCAGUCAUUCACCCCUACGGAUCGAAUAUGUCGAGGCCUGCUGCGGAGGAUUCAGCACUGCAGCGAAGAGCUGAUCACCCGCAGGGACCCAAACGCCCUCAACCCUACACAGUGCCUUCAUAGAGGACCGAGGUCACCACGCUUCGAGCUGACCUUCACCAUUCAACGGCUGGGACACUCUGGCACCUGGGCUAAGAGGGUGUUCCAGUCUUACCAGAAGCAUGCUCUCACCAGCGCCUCAGCUAUGGACGUGGCGCGCUCGACUCAUAGCAUUAUCGCCCUGUUUCUGAGACGCCACGACGAGGGGUUUCAAUGGCCAGACGAGCCUGCUCACGACGAGUAUUCUCCUCCUCCUAGAAAACCAGAAACCUUCAGGCCUUCCCCCACAGGUCCACUUGAUCUCAGGUGCAUCCCGCGAGGACUCUUCAUGGAGCGCUCACAGACAUGGGAGCUCCCGCCCGGCUACUCGGUGGAGCUCACCCUCGAGAGCAACAACCCAGCACGGCACCAACCCGAGAUCGCACGAAGGUUGAAGGUGGAUAGCAUGCAGCCCUCACCCCUCAACCUCGGCCUGAGCGAGGAUCUGCUGUGGCAGGCGUAUCAAUCCGUUCAGGGUGUUUUCGACCAGAAGAAGAGCGCUUUCGACGUCCAACAUGUGAACUGCGACAGAUUCGACAGCCUCCAGGACAGUGGCUGUCAGCACUUUGACGAGAAUGCCCUAGACGUCGAGCUUCGUGUGUUCAACAACCUUGGACCCAUGUAUGAGCAUCUGCAUCGCGGUAUCAAGAGCCGACUGAGACUGUUCACAUGUCCAGACGGCCAGGACUGUGAUGAGUUCGUCAGCAAGAUCUCGGACUGCUUUGCACAGUCCAGAGACAGGACCGACAAGCUGGUGGACAAGCUCCCUGAUGUCGACUUCCGGAUCGCCGAGCUGAUAGGUCAUGGCUGGCAUGCGAAGAACUGCGCCCGUUUCACCGUCGAUGGUACGCAGAGGCACAGUCGGCACAGUAUCGAGGCUCUGCUGGAUCGUUUACGCACGGGAGUGAGAGACGUUCUUCGAGGGCAUGAUGUUGCGGUUCGAAUGGUCGCAUAUACACGCGGCCAUCUCGUCGUGGACAAAGCACUCAUCGCUCGUGAUCACAAGCAGACACCCGUGCCGGAGAGCCUCACCUUGGAGCAGGACCAGCAGCACGUGCUGAUUGCGAGGCUGAAAACACGCAUCCAACGAGACAUGGACGUGAUCUGCAAGGACACGUGCGAUCUCGACAAUAUGUCCAACGGGCCGUAUACACCGGAACAGCCACCUCGCCACACGCGCCCUCGCUACUCGCCGGAAGUUUCCCUCAGGAAGUCUUCGAGAGUCUUUCCGCUUGUACCUGCUAGAUACAAGGAGAAAGAACAAUGUGGUGAGCGUGCCACGGCUGUUGUCGUCACGAGUCAGGAUCCAGCUGCCAAUGAUCGGCAGAAUUUCGACAGUCGGGAGCAGGCUCGUCGUGGCAUCGUGAAGUUAGGGUCGGCGAUCCACUUGAGGUUACCGACUAUCAUACAUGAGGCUGGCGCGCACCACGACGACGACGAAGUCUCUGGCCGCCAUGUAGUUGGUGGUCUGAAGCCUGCUGCUGAGGUCUAUUCAGUGUCAGCGAGGUCGGAUUGUGAUACAGACUCGAACUCGACACACUCUUCCAUGCCAGCGCUCACCGAAAGUGACACGUCCUCGCCAGGCCAGAGCAUGCUCAUUACACCAAAUAUUGGGCGAGGCUCUCCACCCAUUCUCGCUCAUGGGAUUAUCCCCUUCAGAAGCGGCUCGAACGCUUCUCAGCUCUCUGCACCGUGGAUGGUGGUGGAAACCUCGGCCCCGAGUAGCACAACUUUCCCGGAGGUCGAGCGCUUCACGGAAGUGAAACCUGCUGUGCCUCGAUCCGACGAGAUUCCGAGCACCCGACCUGUGACACCCAGCGGUGCCACGGCGAAGAACUCGGCUCCGGUGGACACCCCAAGAGCGCUCAUGUCGCCGAGCGGAGACGAAGAGACUCCUCUUGCUCACCGCCAGAUGAUGCGGCGGGGACCCACCGAGUCCGAGCUCCCUCAAGGCCCUGCGGCCCCACGCGAGCUUAGCUCCCCAGAACUCACUCCGCCUUCUCCUCGGGUAUUGGUUGCACCACUGGGACCCAGUUCAGGCGAGCAUGAGGGUGUCGCGCCCGACUGCCCGAAGCCAGUGACAGCAGGACAAGUCGGGGCCAAUAGUGUAGUGAGACCGCCUCCACAAGACCUCCCUGCUGAAGGCUGGCUGCUCCAUUGCGUAGAGGCUACGGACGAUCUUGGCGAUGAGGAGGAGGAGGAGGAGAAGGAGGAGACGCACAAGAGCCAUGAAGAAGACAUCAUGAUUGGCGCAAGUGUUACCGCUGCUACUGAUGUCGACCCAUUGGCGGCGGCGACCUUAAACAAGCCGAUGAUGACGGAGCAAGAGUCGCUGGACGAAGCCACUAGGCAUAAGCUGUCACUGUUCAACUUUGCUUUUCCUACGCAAGACAAAGACCGUGAAACCAAAAAUCCUGCAACAUUUCAGCACUCGGGCCCGAUCGGGGACGGGGCCGUGUCCAUGGCGCCAGAUCAGCCCGUGGGGAUGUCCGAUGGGCCCGAGACUGAACAGGAGAUACCCUUCUCGGACGCGGGACUGGAUGCCCGGACAGAUUCGGAUACGAGCGAGAUCCUCACCUCCGAGAUUGGUGAACAUGCUGCCUUCGACUUUGGUUUUGAUAAGGUUGAACCACCUGUCUUGGACACCAGUGCUGCGCUACGUGGGCCGGCACGGGGAACAGACCCGGAGCCGCCGGACACCACAUGCACAUCCAGUGCAGCCCUCACCAAUGACCUUGCUCGAACGGAUAUCGUAGGCACCGAGGAGUCUUCCCAGGAGCCCGAAUUCGCAAACAUUCACGCGAGCCCGGUCCCGACAGAAGAUCGGAAGCCCGUGGAUGUAUCCAAAACUCGACUCUCGGCACCGACCGCCAGGAACGCCACAUCAGUAUCCAACCAAAACCCCUCCUACGCAACACAUGUCGGCAUGGGGAACAAUGUCCAGCAGCUCCUACCUCCGCUGCCUCUCUUCACCAGCCUUGCUGCUACCGCCAAUACCGCUGGCCAAAGCCCUAGCAGGGCCAGCUUUUCAUCUUCCUCCUCGUCAUGGGAGGACUACGUCUCUAACGGGCGACAGUCAACUGACUCUGUCGAUACAAUCACGCCCUCUCCUGCGGCCGACGACGCCAAUGAUGAUGGACUGCCCUCUGCCAAGCACCUUGGUGCCCCUACCGCGGGUCUUCUUGGCCUCCACGAGUCUCGAUGGGCGGAACUCGGUAUCCGCACCGCGCUGACGGGUACGCACGCCUUUGAUCUGCCGUCCACAACAACCGAGGUUGAUGUGGGUGCUGUGCCCGAAGAACACGAGCACAGCAUCAUCAUCAAGAACACCAAGUCUAAACAGGCAGCAGCAGCCGCAAAUACCUGUGCGCAAGGGGCCCGCGCAGAGGCAACCGAGAGUCCCUCCUCCUCAUCGCUGCGGAAGAUCAUCCUCGUGAAGCACAAAAAGAGUAGUAGCUCCAUGAUGCCCGCGACGAAGACACACAGGUCGAGCAAGAAGGAGGACAGGCAGCUGACGACGAUGAAGAAGACGAAAAAGAAGCAAGAGCAGAAACGGAAGGAGGAGCAACCCAAUAAGAGCAUGCCAGCGGCCGACGAUGGGGAUGUUGGAGAGAUUGCUGUGGCAGAUGGUGGUGAGGAGGAGGAGAUGGAAUUACGCCGGUGGUGGUGGAGGAGGAAGACUGCAUGGCUUCCUUGUAUGCUCAAAGUGUCAAAUUAUCACUACGAGAGUCUGGUCUGA